AAAUUUUCAAAACAAUUUACAUCAGUUUCUUCUCCUUUUUAUUUACUUCUCUGCUAUACAAAAAAAGUGAAAAGCCCUGAACUCCUCACUAAACCCUGGCCAAGCGGCGAGCCACCUUCUACCGCCGACAACCAUGGGCUUCUUCGACCUCAACAUACCAUACCCCGAAUCCACACGCGCCACCAAGUCCACCGUUGAAAGCACCAGAACCAAGCUAGCGGUGAAGGCCAUGGAACUCGGCUACACCGGAAUCGCUUACAACCGCACAAUCAAGGGCGUCAUGUCCGAUCAACACCGUUGCUCCAUCACUACCCUCUCCCUCUCCUCUCUCCUCAACAUCCUCCCCGUCCUCACCUCCUCCGCCAAGCUUCACCGCAACCUCCUCGGAAUCCCAUCCUCCACUCCCUUCCGCCAGUACACGCGCCUCACCGUCUGCGUCGAUAACCCCUCGCAGGCACAAUCCCUCAACGCCGGUAACCCUAUUUUGAAGACCUACGAUUUGGUCGCUGUCAAACCCUCGAACCAAGUUGCUUUUGAUUUGGCAUGCGAGAGAAUGGAGGUUGAUAUUAUUUCCAUUGAUUUUUCAACUAAGUUACCCUUUAGAUUGAAGCUGCCUAUGGUUAAAGCUGCUACUCAGCGCGGGGUUUGUUUUGAAGUUACAUACUCUGGUCUUAUUGCUGAUGUUCAAAUAAGGAGACUGUUAAUUUCCAAUGCUAAGUUGUUGAUGGAUUGGACUCGUGGACAAAACCUUGUAUUUUCGAGUGGUGCUCCUUCAGUGAAUGAGCUUAGAGGGCCUUGUGAUGUUGCAAACUUGUUGUCAUUAUUCGGGCUCUCCAAGGAGCAAGCUAAAGCAGCUAUUUCUAAAAACUGUAGGAUUCUUUUAGCCAAUUCAUUAAGGAAAAAACGAUUUUUCAAAGAGGCAAUAAGAGUUGAAGCUUUACCAACGAAUGCAGAAUCUCAUUCUAAUGAAGCUUGGCACCAAGAGUUACUAAAGUGGGAUCCUAUCUCCAGUGGCGAAGGUGAUAUCCUGCUUGAUGACAUGGAAAAGCCUUGUAAAGCCUCCUGUAAAGCCAUUGACUUUGAUUCAUUGAUGGCCGGCCUCUCAUCUAAAGGUUUUCGGAUCCAGGAUUCCUUAUCUACAAAUAAAGUUUCCCCUGUCUUCCCAAAUAAUAAGGUGAACUUCUUGCCUGUUACCAAUAAAGAAAAUCAGUUGACACCUCUACUUAACAAUGUAACUGAGCAGCCCAACAGGCUUGAUAUUUGUCCUGAGCAACAUGAAAGCUCAUUAUCUGUUGAUAUAACAACACGUCGCGUGAGCUGUGACACUUUUUCUGAGAAAAAUUUACAAUGUGAAACUACUGAAGCUUUCAAUUCUAAGGAGGAGACAGACACUGAGACAAAUGCCACUAAGUUAGAGGAGAGACUUAUUGAUUCUGAUGUCCCGAUGGAUGACAUGGAAAAAUCUUUUUCAACCUCAUGCGAAACAUCGAAAACUGCAGAAGACAUUGACUUUGUUUCAGUGGACAACAGCCUUCCAUCUCAUGAUUUUCGAACCAUGGAUUUCUUACCCGCAAACUAUGUUUACCCUAUCUUGCCAUGUAAUAAGGGAAGCUUACUUCCUGUUUCUGGUAAGGUAAAUCAGUCAUCACCUGUAUCUGACAACUCAACUGAGCUACCCAACAAGCAUGAUGUUUGUCCUCAGCAAGACGAAAGGUCAUUAUAUGACAAGAAAGAUAUGCAUAGUGGAACAAUUGAAGCUUUCAAUUCUAAGAAGGAGAUAGACACUCAGACAAAUGCUACAAAGUUAGAAAAACUAAAUUUUAUUGAUUCAGAUGUCAAUGUAAAAGCACUUGAUUCACAAUCAGACUUGUGCAUCUCAAGUGAUGGUGUCUUGGAUACUGUAAAAUCACAUGAGAAUGGGAAACUGGUCAGAUCAUCAGAUGACCCCAAACUAGGUUCUGCAAGUAAUGAUCAUACAGAAGAAAUUUUUACCCCACCCACCAACAUUAAAUUUCCAGCCCUGGUACUUGAUAAGCAUAAUAAUGAGAAAAGCUCUGAUGUCAAUCUAAAUGCGAAAAUUGUCAAGAUACAGGAAAUCUUGCCCAGUGAAGAUUCUGAAGUUGCAGAAAACAUGGUUUUGGAGAUAAAGACAUCUACUCAUGAAACUUCAGUGGAGGAUGCGUUAUUUGACAAACGGGAAACUGAUGCUGUUGAACUUGAUGAGAUGCCACAGCAAACACCUUUUGAUGAGAUGCAAACGGAAGGUGAUGACACUGUUCCAACAAUGCAUUUAUUACCAGUCACAAUGGAAGAUAAUAAUAAGCUUGGUGAAAUGAGCACUGAUUCUCAAUUUGCCGCAGGUCAGGCAUUGUCAGGUCGAUUGAGAGUUAAGCGAAGGACAUCUCGUGGACCACUUUUGUUCCCCUUGAAGCGAUUGUUGAAUCAAAUGCCUUUUAAGAAGAAAGGUAAAAAAAUUAAGAACAGGAUUAAACUAAAGUAACUUGUUUUAUUUUGGAAUUUUUUUUUGUUACUUGGCAAAGAUGUGAGCUAACUCUAAAUGUCUAUUUAUACUACCAUAUUGACUGGCAUUCUGUGCUUGUUAACAUGAAUUUUGAGAUAAGAAAAAGAAAGCAACAAUAAAAUAGUUUUUGAAGUGAA